AUGCCUGCCUCCAAUCACCAAAACCCCCGCAGACACUACAAGUGCUGCGCGGCAGUGCUAUGCCUUGGUUGUGCACUUGCCCGGCCAGCGCCAGCGUGCAUAACGCCGCGAGUCCUCAUCGCUGGCCUCGGCCCCGGAGACCCGGAGCACUUGACGAAAGGCGUGUGGAGCCAGCUUUGCAACUGUCAGCGGUUGUACGCACGCUUUGCGAAGCAUCCCGUCCUGGAGUCACUCCCAGCAUCUGUGACUCUCACAACCUUUGAUCAGUAUUAUGAGGAAGCUGACACGUUCGAGGGGUUGUACAGCAACAUUUCGGACACUAUCUUGGAGCUAGCAAAAGAGCACGGUGAAGUUGUCUAUGCAGUGCCCGGCGAUCCGUGCGUGGGCGAAACAACUACGAAGAUGAUUCGACAAAGAAGUGCCGAUGAAGGUGUGAGAGUCGAAGUACUGCCCGGUGUCAGCUUCGUGGAGCCUUCACUGGCCGCCCUGGGUGUGGAUAUGCUUCCACGAUUGGCUGUGGGAGAUGCUUACGAGCUCACUGGCUUCCAGUCCCUCCCUUUCGAAUGCAGCACUCCGCUGUUGAUUUCUCAGGUAGAUGAUCAGAUCUCGGCCAAUGCUCUAAAGCUUGUCCUUAUGAGCACCUACGAGGCAGAGCAUGAGGUAGCCCUGGUCCAUUCGGCCGGCGUUCAAGGAACUGCUCAAGUGGAGUGGUUACCUCUGCAGAACAUCGACCGCAGCAAGAGCAUUGGCAUAACUACAUCCUUGUUCGUGCCAGCCAGCAGCGGUGGGUCCUUCACAGAUCUCCGUGACAGGAUGGCAGGACGACGCAUCAAGUUGGGAGAGUCUUGGGACGACCUGACGCAUGCAGAGUUAGCACGAGGCCUGGUUCGAGCAAGCGAAAAGGUCGCAAAAGCCGCGGAGCAGGAUUCAAAAGAAUCGAUGAAUGACCUGGCUGAUGCUUUGGCCUCGGUUCUGAUUCAAGCUGCUGCACACAUGCAGCUUGCCGAAGACGAUUUUGACUUUAGCACUGGAGAUGUCCUGAAGCGAGCAUCGUCUUUGGACCCAACGCUGUCCAACCGAACACGGAGGAGCUCGCCUGCGUCCUCAGUUCUCAUCGUGCAGGAGCCGCCUGAUGUCAAGCAGUUGCAGUUAGAGGGAUUUGACCUGGUUCUGACUUGGCAACAGCAGCAUCUUGAACUCCGGCAGUCCCGCUUCUUCGUGCCUGCUACUCCCUGGCUCCUGCCAGCAGAGUGGCCUCGGUUUCUUUCGAAGAAGCCUGGCCUGGGAUUUCUCCGAGGGAGCAAAAGCCAAACGACCGGACACCGUCUGCGUCACCGGAUCUGGGAGGCUCGGGAGCAACUCCAAAGCGUGUGCGAGGUGCCGCUCGAGUUCCUCCAGGGAGGAGGCAUAAGUCGUGAUGAGCGCAACAUCCAGUUCUUCAACCAGUUCGUGCUGGUCAUCGAGAACUCCAGGCAUGAGAACUACUUUUCUGAGAAGCUUCUGGAUGCCUUGCUCACGCAGUCCAUGCCCGUUUACUGGGGCUGUCCGAACAUCGGCGACUUCUUCGAUGUUGCAGGCAUGGUCGUCCUCCAGAGCACAGAUAUCGAUGAGGUCCUGUCAGUUUGCAACCAACUUUGCCCAGGCCACUACGAAGCUCAUCAAGAAGCUUUGCGGCAGAACAGCGAACGAGCGCAGAGAUACUCUGGUGACUUCGGCUUUCGACUUCAGCAGGCUAUCGAGGAAGCACUCCAAGGGCAGACUGACAUCGGUCAAUCCGGCCCUGGCGCUUGGGAUGAUAUUGCAAGCCCCAAGUGCAAAAAAGAUGCUGAGAUUGCCAAUGAAAUCUAUCCGAAGGAGGAGGUCCUCAAGGCCAACCCGAAGGCCUACAAGCAGGUAGUGACUUUCGCGACUAGGAUGAAAUGGCCGCUUCUUUAUGGGAGCAUUGGUGGUGCACUGAUUCUGCUUCUGAAGAUGAUUUCGGACGUCGGAGAAAAGGCCGAAGAUGCCUCCCCGCAUCUUGUGGUGGUGCCCGGCGGGGGCCUGACUGCCGAGGGCAGUCCACCUCUGUGGGUUCGCCGGCGACUGCAAGAGGCCGCCAGCCUGUACUUCGCCUAUGUGAGAUCCGGUCAGAGGGCUGCUGUGAUGAUGUUGUCAGCUGGCACCCCACAUAAGCCCAUGCCACGUGAUCCGCACUCCGGUUUCCAGGUGUUGGAAGCCGAGGCAAAUGCACGAUGCUUGAUACGAGACUUCAACGUUCCUCCGCAGGACGUAUUUGAGGAGAGCUGGUCGUUAGACACGAUCGGAAAUGCUUACAUGCUGAGGACAACUCACACAGACAUCGCCGGCUGGAGAAGGCUGACAAUCAUCAGCAACCAGUUUCACAUGCCCCGAAUCCGGGCGAUUUUCGACAAGGUGUUCGGCCUAGGCCCUCUUUCCAGCAGGCACUACA